AUGAUUUUUUUCUCGGAGUUUUUUGUAUUUUCUUCCAAAUUUUCCCCUAAAAUUUUGUACUUUAUUUCAUCAAGUGCCUGGUACCAGAAACAAAUUCAACCGACUCCGAGACCUGGUUCCUGUGUGUUAGAAACUUUAGAAAUACAGAAUAGGACCUGUACGCAGAGGGAAUUGUUUUAUAACCUAGGAAAUUUCAUCAAAACCCAGUCUGAGAUAAAUAAUUUUGGAGUUAAUAUCACAGAUAGAGGUACUACUAAUGUUACUAUACAUAAUAAAAACUUUAUAAAUUAUGAUGUGUAUGUUGUAGGGAGUAUAGCAGGACUAAUAAAGUUUACUCUUUUUGAUGAAGAAAUAGAUAUUUCAAACAGACCCUAUGGACUUUGCAUAUCUUCGAAUAUGCUAGAACUCGAUUCUGAGGUUUACGGCAAUUACAUCCUCAUAGUUGAGAAGUACUCGAUAUUUGUUCAACUGUGUUCUCAAAGAAUUUGGGAAACGAUACCUCUAGUGAUGAUUACGGGGAACGGAUUCCCCAGCAACAACACCAGGUUACUUGUGAAUAAGAUAUCAGACAAUAGUAAAUCUGAGAUUUGUUACCUCGGAGACUAUGAUCCACAUGGAAUAUUAAUAUUACUUUCUUAUAUCUACUCCUCAAAACUGGUUAAUGAAGUAAAUUAUUGUGAUUCAAACACCAAUCAAGAUCAUAAUAUAAACAACCCAUUUCGAACGGUAUCAAGGUAUAGGUGGCUUGGUAUCAGGAGUGAUGAUGUAUUGAGGUAUGACGUGAAGAACUUGUUAAGCUUAUCUCCAAAUGAGUUGUCUGUUUUAAAGAGGCUAAGAUCGGACCCUAGAGUAAUUUUAAACACAGAGUUAAGGGAAGAAGUCGAGAAUAACCUUCACAAAAAAGUAGAAAUUGAGGCAGUCGGAGAGUGUGUAAACCCAGGAGGAAUUUCACAAUAUAUAGUGGAUAAACUGGAUAGUGUAGAUAAAGUAUUAUGGAAGGUGAUAAGUGCCAAACCUUCUUAG